AUGUUCCUCGAGGAUUGCUGGAACCUCAGCUCCCGUAGUGAGACUUUGCAUGGCGUGUUUCUUGAUCAGAGGAAGAGAAAGGCGGGCGAGGCAAACUUGCCCUGGGAUACGCCUCCGAGAUAUAUCUUCAGGAUGCAGGUGGUCGUUACUGACCGCCUAACCAGCUAUAAGACCAUCAUGCUCGAUCUUCAGCUGAGUUGCAGAGAUAUUAUCGAUCAGGCGAAGUACUUAGUGUCACAACGUCUUUUCGAGCUUGUUGGUCACUUCCCUAAGUUGAGCUCUUUUCAAUUGGUCCAGGAUGGCAGGAACUUGCUGAUUAUACGUGGUGCCGAGUUGAGGAUUGCUUUCUACACCGUGUUGUCGUGCACUCGUGUAGCCGUCUGCUUCUCAGACUGGUUUGCAAUGUCGGUUGUUACAGGGCCGGCUGAUGAGGACGACAGGAGCUUCUUCAUCUGGGGAGCUCACUCCGUCUUUUGCACAUACACGGUGGAGGCUCACACGGCGGCGGUUAUGCACCAGGUCCUCACGGCUGAGCGUUGGGACAGAGACUCGGUCUUGAAGAGAAAACCGGCGCAAGAGCGCGUGUUUGGUGAGCGUGUGCGCCAGAGGAGCCUGGUGCUGGGUGUUUGGCAAGGCGCCGAAGCGCUUGACAGGAUGUUUCCCUGGCAAAUGGGACCGAUGGGGCCGAUGAUGCCCCCUUUCGGUGGUGAGAGGCGUCGGCGCCGUCGGCGCUCUCCAUCGAGUAGCUCUGAGCGCUCGAGGAGCAGAAACCGUGAUCGCAGACGCGACCGGGAAUCAAGAUCGGGGGGAGCGCGAGCUGCUGCGCCUUUUCCCCCGCCGGUGCCUCAGCUGCCGGCUGCAGCGCCGGGAUAUGAAUGGAGGCAAGUACCAGUGGCGCCGGUGCAGCCACCUUUGCCGCCUCCCUCGACACCUGCCCCGAUUGCCCCUGCUGUGCAUGUGCCUCAGCAGCAGACUACUUGGAAUCGCCAGCCCUGGCGCGGAGGAGGCCAGCAGAAGCAGCAGGGCCAAUGGAGCAAGCGCUGGAACCAGUGGCAUCGGUCCAGUCAGGGGUCGAAUGAGCCUCGAGGGUCGGGCCAUCAGUCCUCUUGGACGGAUCCAGACCAUCACAACAUUGCGGAGGCCACUCCAUCUGAAGUGGCCGCGGCCGACGCCCGUCGGGCUGCCAAAGAGGCUGAUAAGGACGAGGCGGACGACGAAGAGUCGUACCUCGCAGCUCUGUGGAAGUCGGCGCAGGAUGAAGCGCGCGCAGACCCCACUCGCCCAUUGUCAGCUCGGGAACUGGCAGAGCAGGGGAAACUGCAGUGGUGGUGGAAGAUGCCUUGGAAGACCAUCGCCGAGAAGUUUCCUGACACGCAUGCCUACAAGGAGUUCUUGGAAGGACUUGAAGGUCCGAUACCGACCUCUGUGAUUUCCCGAGUGGUCACGGUCCUUGCUGCCUUUCGGGCUUACGGCCGCCCCCUUGAGGGGGACAAUCCUGUGGCGGGCGUCGUCGGACCCGAUGCUCACAUUUUUCGAGUGCCUGGGCAACGGAUUUUGAUCUUAUCCUGCGAAUUGCGCGGGCCAAGCUAUAUCCGCAAUCCGAACUCGGCACAUUCGGCUAUCAUGGCUCAUGGUACCUCUUUCCCAUCUUUAGUCGGCGUGGCAGAGAUAGGGGAGAUCGCAGUGAACGAUUAUCGCGAUCAGGGAACUCCCUGCUUCGGCUUCUCGGCACGAGGUUCAUUGGCGGCUUUCCCUCAGGGCUUGAACUUGCCUUAUCAGGGAGUGGUCCCUGCGUCGCCUGUUCCUCAGACGGCAGCACAGCCUUCAGAUUCCGGAAAUUCGGUGACGAGUGGAUCUCAUUGUCAGGCAUGGACUCGUGCAGUCAAGGCAAAAAGAGGGCCUAGGGCCGCGGAUCGUCGCGACGAGGCGUACCGCCGGGUCCUCACUUUACUUCAUGCCUUUUCGAGUUUCUUUGACCUGUGUACUUUGAUGGCGGAUGACGAGGAGGACGGCCCGGAUUCUGUUCAGGCAGUUUUGGCAGGAAAAUCACCGAAUACCAUCUUGAAGCAUGUGGGUCCGGUUCGUACUUUUUGCGAGUGGCUUUUGAAAGCCAGUCAUACUCCGCCUUUUGCGGAGAAAGUCUUGUGGUCUUUCAUCCAUUGUGUCCUCAAGAUGCCUAAGACCGCGGCCACCACGCUGGACAGUAGUCUGCGUGCUAUCAAGUGGAGUUAUUAUACCUUGGGACUACGUGUUCAACUAGAGGUCUUCAGCAGCCCUCGAAUUCAUGGUGUGGUGAAGAAGGCGCUACAGACUAAAAACCCGUGGUGCCCGGCGUCACCCCUCAAGGUGUCCGAAGUUCUUCAGUUGCACGCGAUUUGUUGUGAUCCCGAUGUCUCUGUCAUUGAUAGAUGUGGAGCGGCACAUUUCCUUGCUAUGCUCUACGCGAGGGCGCGAGCAUCGGACAUCCGGUGUGUCAAACGUAUCUUGAUAGACGUGCACAACGAUGACUGGAGUUCGGGCUUCAUUGAACUAGGGACGCUUGAACACAAGACGUCUAGGCUGGACACUCAACGACGUCGCAUACUGCCUUUGGUGAUUCCCGGUCAGGGUAUUGCUAAAACGCCUUUUGGUCAACUCCUCCUGGACAUUAGGGAUGAGGCUGGUUUGCCGAACGAUCAGGCGGAUAUCCCAUUCUUGCCGGCACCUCUGCCGGAUGGAUCUUGGUCUUCAGACCCGUUGUCUAGCAGCGAGAUUACCAGGUGGCUGAGGUAUCUACUGCCACGUCCAUCGACGGAACAGGCCGUCAGUUCGCACUCAUUGAAGGUUACCUCACUUGUUUGGUGUAGCAAAUUCGGGAUGAUUCGCGAGACCAAGCGAGUUCUAGGCCAUCACGCGGAUGCAGCGACUGGUAGUGAUGCAGUUUAUGGGCGUGAGUUGCAGAGCGCAGCACUACGUGAGUACGUUGUCGUACUGGAUGCAGUGGCGACGGGUAAGUUCCUGCCGGACCAGACUCGUUCGGGUCAUUUCUCAUCAGGUUGGACUCGGGAGUCCAUCCUGCAGGCGGCUGCUUUUCCACAGGACUCGGAAGCCCUGGAGGCGGCUGUGGAGGACGACCAAGAUGAGGCUUUGGCUGUGGUUUCUGACGUUUCAGACUCUGAUGAAGAAGCCCCGGAGGAACAAUCCUUCUGGGCUCAUCCGACUAGCCAGGUCCUACAUCGCACGACUUUGGGGUACUUAGCCAUGACGAGUUCCGUAGAUUCGGUGCUAUCUCAGACUGAGUUUGACACGUGGAGCGAGGCCAUGUUGGUAGGCAUCACAGUGGGCGAGAAGGCGUCUCUGAGGCGCCUGAUCUUGGAAGCUCAGACCAUGCUAGUGGCUUCUUUGAAGGAUCUGGCAGAACCGGCUGAACACGCUUCCCCUAAAAAGGUGGGGGUAGCCGAGCGGAAUGCUCGCAUGGAUCAGCUCCGGACUCAGCUCGCCGGAGUUUCGCUCACUGGACAGCUUGAGCCGAGUCAUGCAUUACUCGACAUGGCCGUUCAGCAGUGGGAGAGUCGGUGCCUGAAGUACAUCGGUCCAGAGAAGUGUCAUAGCCGUGAGGAUGAGGUUCAGAACGUCAAGCCCUUGACCACCAGUCUGUCCUUGGAAGGCGGUAAGCUGAAGGUUACGGAGGCUGCUGGUAUGGAUGAUCGUGAUAUUGAGGGCUCUUUGCAAGUCCUUAAUGCCCUGCGCCGCAGAGGAGUGGCUUAUGCAUUUGCUCGCUUGAUCAGUUGGGAGAAGCAUGAAGCUUAUGUCGCCUCUUUGUUCAGGUAUCUGACCAAACCCGCUCAGCCUGGUUACAGGAAAGUGUCUCUUCGUCAGAUUCUGCGGGCUGACAAGCUCGCUUUCUCCAAGUUGUCGGAAGCAGGUGAAGACAUCCGGGCAGACGCCUCAGGCACUCUCCCACUUGAUGCAGCGAUCGGGGCUAUUCUUCAUGAUUACGACCUAAUUGUAGCCCUUCUCCCUAUGGGCGACCUGGACGGUAAGGGCAAGAAUGCUAACGGCCGAGGCGGUCGUCCUGGCCCUUACGGCGAUGCUGCGCCCUGGAAGGGGAAGAAUGGCAAAGGUAAGGGCGGUUGGAACUCCAAAGGCUCUGAUAAUUGGACAGGGAAAGGCAAGAACACCUGGCAAGCUAAGGGCAAGUCGCCUAAGGGCAAAGGCUCGGGGGCCGGCAAGCCGGAAUGGUUACCUGAGGGACUUCGCUUCCAGGGAGCCUCUGCAUGGAAUCAUAAAGGCAACAAGGUCUGUUACGGCUUCAACCUCGGAACUUGCUCGGAUGCAAACUGCCAGAAGGGCGAUCACACUUGCUGCAUCUUCAAAUGCGGAGGUGACCACCCGGUGGGUAAGUGUCCUUUGAAGCCCAAGAAGCUGUGA